AUGUAUCAUCAACAAUAUCAAUAUCCUAUUCCUUCUUAUCAUCAAUAUCAAGUUAAUCAAUAUCAAUAUCAACAACCACCUGCACCUCCUUUACCAAGUCCAACCAUCUCAAAUCAAUCAUUAGGUCAACAAUGGAAUCAUGGUCAAUAUCAACAACAACAACAAAUUCAAUGGAAUCCAAAUUAUAAUCAUCAACCACGAUCAAUUCCACAUCAUCAACCACAACAAAAUUAUAAUUUCCAUAUAACAAAAGUUGAUAAUAGACCAAUAAUGAAUUCAAUUAAAUUACCAUCAAUAUCAAAUUUUUCAAAUUUUAAGAAACCAAUUGUUUUCAAACCACUUCCAAUAAAUCCAAAUCAUAUUAAUAAUGUUAAUCAUAUUUAUUCUUUAAGUCCAACUUCUUCAAUAUCAAGUUUAACAAGAUCUUCAUCUUUAACUUCAAUAUCAAGUUUUUCAUCAAAUUCAUCUUCAAAUCCAUCUUCAAACCCUUCAUCAAGAUCUUCAUCAUUAUCAUCACCAAUAAAUAAUAAAUCAUCUAAAAUUCAUAAAAAAUCAAAUGAACCAAAAAAAGAUCAAUUAACAAUUCAACAAAAAAUUGCAAUUGAAAAUAAAAUAAUUCAAGAAUUAAAACAAGAAUUAUUAGAAAAAGCAACAAAAACUGCAAAAUCACCACCACCACCUAAAUUUAAAAUUAAUUCAAAUCAUGAAUAUUAUUCAGAUAUGUUAAUUUUUAAACCAAAACAUUCAUUUUUACAAAAAAUUAAAGUUGAUGAUUUAUUUGUAUCAAAAUAUGUUUUCCAAGAUUUAGAAAUUUCACCAUUAUUAAAUCCAAAUGCAACAAAAGUACAAAAAUUAUCAAUUAAUAAAAAUAAAGUCCUUGAAUAUAAAAUUUAUGAAUUUUUUUAUAAAAUUUCAAAAUUUAAUGAUAAAACUUCUGAAAUUGAAUCAUCUAAAUUAAUUAAUAAUUUCCCAUCAAAUCAUAUUUAUUUAACUAUAAAAUUUGAUUUAUUUGAUUGUGAUUUAAAUAAUGAUUUCUUGAUUCAUGAUUUGAAGAAUAUAAUUAUAAAUUUAAAAUUAUUGAAAACUUCAAAUUCAAAAAUUGAUUCAAUAAAGAUUAAAUUUGAAUUAUUAAAAAUUUUUAAUAAAUUUAUGCCUCAAGAUGAAUCAAUUCAAUUUAAUUAUCAAACUAAUAGACCUUGUUGGAGAUUAGGUGCAAAAGAUGAAUUAAAUAUCUUGGAAAUGGAUAUUAAAUUUGAAUAUUAA